CUCCUGAUGACUUUGUGCAGAGGGAACCUCCUGUCGUAUAAAUGAGGCAGAGCAGUCUUUAUUAUCUUAGCAUCAAGGCAGCAGGUUUCUGCUAAGUUUGGAGUAACUACAAGACUGCAUGACAGCAACCCCAUAAGUACUAACCACCCGGGCUCUUAAUCACAAGGAGUCUGCAUGUCUAGACAAUAGUCAUGCUCAGCUUUGUGGACACAAGGACUUUGUUGCUGCUUGCAGUAACCCUAUGCCUAGCAACAUGUCAAUGUAAGUGCCUUUUAUUCUUUAUAAAGAGAGCUCGGGGGGUUGCAUGGCUGGCUGAGGAUAGGGUUUAAAGAGGUUUGGUGUUGGUUAAAUCCCUUUCUAUCUGCUUUAUUCUGUCCUACGCUGUUUAGACUGCAUAUAGUAAAUGGUAAAGGGAUUUUUUUUCUUUUUAUGGUAACAAUAAGCAGAUGUUUUCUGCCUCUAGUUAGAAUGGCCAUUUGCCAAUAAUGAGCUCAGAUGCUAUUAAGUUCUGUAUUGCUUUAGUGCACUGCAUUGCAUGGUAUCCAAAAACAGCAAUAAAGUUUUUGUUUUUUAAAAAAACAACAAACAUGUUUGUAGAGUGGCUUAAUGUUAUUCUUCCAGUGUUUAGAAAUGCAGAAAACAAAAGUUUCAGUGCUAGGCACAUCUGGAAGAUUUGGGCGUUGUACAUCAUUGUCUGAACUCUAUGGGCGUCUAAAAGCCUCUCGUCGCGCGCCAUCUAGUGGCGUCUGCGAGUUACUGCAAGGGACCAAAACUCUAAGCAAACAGAUGUUUGAUUACUUUCCAGAGAUAAUUCUAAUUAGUAUUAUUAUUAUUUCUAUCGAUGGGGAAUGUGUCUAGGAAUAACUUAAGAAAAUCAUUCUCAUCUCCCUGCAUACAAAUAAAAAAAAAGAUUUCUAAUUUAAACUUUUAGAAGCAGUGGGCAGUGAUUACCUGAUAUCCAAUUACUGCUGCUUGUAGAGACAUGUGUUUAAAUAAUCCCCUCUGCUCUCAUACUUCCCAAGUAGGGAAGGGGAGCAACAGAUUUAUGGUGCCACUAGUGGAUACAAAGUUUUUUUCUAGACAUUACCUCACUGUUUGAAGGAAAUGGACGCUGGCCAUUCUCUCAUUAUGUAUGUUAAAACCCCAUGAGGUCAUCAAUGUCUUUUGGAUUGCAGCUCUCUUCACCCUCAGCCUUUUCCAUACAUGCUGGGAGUGAUGGGAGCUGUGGCUCUUCCACAAGUGGAGAGAUUGAGGACAAUGUAAAUAUAAGAACAUAAAAAUUUGUGACAGAUUACCCAGCACUGUUAAAUCGUGUUAGAGAAUAAAUUAAAUACAAUAUAUGUGACAUUACAGAACAGUGAAGCACAGGUCUUUAGUUAAGAAGUACAAUUUAAAGAAAUAUACAAUGUUUAAUAUUGAAAUCAUGCAUGUCUUAUUCUAAUUACUCACUCCUUAACUUAGCUUACUCAUUCUACACAAAGUAAAGGAAUCCAAUGCUUUGUGUAUGCACACUGGGCGUUUAAGGGUUAACAGGAGUCUGGUUUUUGUUACAGCUGCCUAAGGCUGUUCAGCCCCCACGUUGUACAGACUAGUUCACUAAAGAAUGUAGCCAGCGGCCAGGGAAUGUGUUCUAAGAAUCACUGCGCCAUCUAGUGGUCAUUUUACACAACAGCAAAUACAUAGCUAAAUAUCUGUGAUACAUAUUUGAAAACAUAAAUAUAUAUAACUGCAGAGUAAGCACAAUUUAAAUAUUCUGCAGAUAACUGAUAUUCUUUACAUAUUAUUUUGCUUAUUGUCUGCACAUAUGCCACCACAAUAUUUUAGCAUUAAACGCGUUGUUACUGUUCUCAUUGGUAACAACGCGUUCUCAUUGGUAGUGGGCACCCAGUCAGUUUAUUGGCGCUUAUUUACUAAACUGGAAAAUGUAAAGAAAUUAGAAAUUACAGUUCUUUGAUCAAUUUGUCCAUCUUGGAAACUUUUUCCAAUUUUUCAAUAUUCUUGGCAAUGUCCCACAAUUCCUGAGUCAUUCUGUAUGAUAAUUAUAACAAUAUCCACAUUUUAGUUACAGUUUGAGGUAGGCGUAGGCAGAACUGCAAUUCUAAUACAGUAUGCCAGUUAAUCUAGAACCAGUUCCUAGUGGCAAAUACUUGUGAGCAGAACCCCCCCCACCAGAUCAUAUAUAGAUUUUUUUUCACAAAAUAGUUGGGUUUAUCACUGAAACUGGAAUUGUGGGAAACUAAAGGGGAACUUUCAACCUUUAGACCUCAUUAGCCUCAAUUCAUAACUUACAGGGUUAGUCACUAAAAUGGGAAUUGUUGGGAUUCCAAGUGAACGCAAAGUGAAUUCAAAGUCAGUGAUUCCCUUUGGGCUAUUUUGGCCAACAUUUUGAAAUUUACUUUAAAUUCACAUUGAGUGAAUACAAAAUAACCCUGUUGGCGACUAACUUUAUCUAUUGUAAAAAUAUUUUUUUUUUUGCAAAAUAGUGAAUCAUCAGGAAUUCAGCAAGGGAUCUUUGGCUAAAAACCAUAUUAAAAAAAUAAGUCAGCUAUGUUUCCAGCUCAGUUAUUUGACACUAAAAGUAGCAUUUAACAUGGGCAAUCCCCAACAAUUUAAUGUUAAAUGAAUAAAAUCAACUUGCAAAAUGUAGACAACAGAACUAGAUUUUGCCCAGUUCUCAGUGCAUCUCAAGUUGCUGCUAAUUAAGGCAUCCCUCAACUAAUUACUUAAAUAAUUGUGUCUCCACAAUAUUGAUAUUCAUCAAACGUGUUUACUUAUACUGUUUGAGAGGUGCACAAAUAGCUACAGAAUGCUCCCAAAUUUACAAAAUGUUUACUGCUUUCAUAAUACUCUGGCACCCAGAUCAUAAUAUUUAUACUUGAAUAGGCAAUUAUUUUACUCUGGUCUGAACAUUUCUGAUACCCCAACAUACAGGUGCUUACUUGUUUGUACGGGAGUCAUAUACCAAUAUACCUACCUGUAUAUGGAAAUCCUAAAAAAAAAAGUAAUUAUUAUUAUUAUGUUACAAUGCCUUUAUUAGAUGUGUUAAUUAUCAAUUUGAAGUUUGUGUUCAUUUUAAUCUGUUCUUUUUCCCCCCUCUCUCUCUCUCUCUCUCUCCCCAUCACAUUUGUGCCGUACAGAUGAGGUCAGUAUAGCUGCAUGUGAUUAUCUUUAUCUACUCCCACAUUUGUAUGUUUACUUUUAGUAGAACCUGUUCCAUUCAUUGGAUUUGCUACAGAUUGCAUGAACCCACCCAGACUUCCUGUGUGGGCUGGAUUUAAAGUGGGCUCUCUCAUAUAGGGGGCAUCAUGGCAUGGGCAAAUAAUUCAGAUGAGAAAUCUGGAAACCAAGCAAAAAAUAUCCCAAAUGGAUUUGCACUUUUGGAAAACAAGGGGAUUUGGGAACCUUAUGAUCUGCUGCAACAUUAUGGAUAAAGUCAGGUGUGGAUGCAAAAUGUGUUUUGUCAGAAAUGGAUAUACUCACGAACUUGAAGAUACCCCAGUUAAAUAUUUACACUGGUUUAUACCUUUUUUUUUUCGUGCAUGUUUCCAGAUUUUACAUUUUGGAAUUAUUAAAAUCAUGCAUGGCUUGGGGGUUUUAUAUUGCUAUUAAGAUGUAGGAUGUCAAACUAUCAUUAUUGCAGUAUUUAUUAAGUUUAUGUUCUGUUUUUCUUGAUCUGUGGAUGAGGAAGGCAAAUAUCCUAUGUUUCUCUUGUUGGAAAUAAAUGCAAUUCUGAAAAAAAGUGCUCACCAGUAGACUGUCUCAACACACUGAGCACUUUCCCCCCAGUAUUGCACCUGUUUCCCUUGAUAAAUACCUUUUGGACUUGAUUCUAUUAUUAGAGAUAAGUAUUUUUCUGGUAAUUGAAUAGUAAGUUUCCUAUAAAUAACAAUGGAAAAAGCACUAUUCAGUUACCAGAGAUAUGAUUUUCUCAUUUGAUAUAAUCCCUCCCUUUUUAAACUAAACUGAGAAUUGUAUUUCAGAUGGGGCUAAUGUUUAGAAGAUGUGAUAGUUGCAUGGUGUACUUUAGUACAUGUUGGUGUUUUGUUGUGGCACAUUGUGUAGUUCAGACUAGUUCAAGUUAUACAUAUUGGGCCUAGAUAUCAGUCAUUAAUAGAGGGACUGUCCUCAUUGGGGCCUAAAUUUGGGUUUAUGGAAGUAUUAAUGAGAUCACACGGUGAAAACUGAUUUGAGCGAACGUUAUUUCAAAUAUCUGAAAGUGUUUUCUGAUCACAGCAAAAUUUUGUGCAUUUUCUCCUAAUCACACUACAACCUGCAGACUACAAAAGAAAAUAUAAAAUAGACAUUGCUUUAUAUAACUCUCAAAGUUGCUGGCUCUGUUUAUAUUUUAUGUCGAACUUAAGUCAAUGAUUAAACUGCUGAUCUAUAACUUGAUAUUAUAAGGGAAAUUUGUGAGGGAGCAAAUUUUCGAAAAUGUAAGUAGCUUGUAGUGUGAUUAGGAAAAGUCGUGAGAGCUGUAAUCAGUAAACACAUUUAGAAUUGUUAAAAAUUAUAAUUUGUAUACCUUUUUUGUUUUUUACCGUUGUUGUCUCAUUACAUCCGGGAUAAAGAGAAAUGUUUUGCUACAGGAUUGGUUCAUUUGAUGUCUCUGGCAGUACAUCUGCUGGGAUAACAACUCCCAUCACGCUUUCUAGUAAUGGCUGUACAGAAUCCACCAAACUUUGCUUUGACAUUUUUCGGCAUCUGUAAUUACAAUGUUAUUAAAAUCUGGAAAUGCAUAUUUCAAAGUUACAUUUGGUAAAACUUAGACUGCAGACUGCCAUGUAUGUUUUACAUAACACAGCUUCAAAAUAAGUAGUUUUAUAAGCACCCCUAAUUAAAACAUUGAUGGCAUCACUCCAUGGGGUUUUGAUGAAUGAUCCAACAAGCACCAUUUUGAUCAAAAGAUGUGAAAUCAGAUAAUUAUUGUUUGCCUAUUGGAGUGAUUUCCUCUCCAUGUGACACUCAGAAAUCUGCUUUUAUUAUUAAACGUCUGUCUAAUAAAAAUCUAAUCUGUAGGAAAGUAUAUUGUAUUGGUACUGUGGCCUCUAUUUGGUUAGAACAUUGAAAACUGGCCUACUUAUGGUAGAGCAAAUUAUUUGAUUGACAUUUGACAGUUUAUUGGCUAAUGGUGCAAUAUAGGGGGUCAGAAAGUAAAAUUCAAGCUUCUCUAGAACUUCAACUCUUAAGAUGCUUUGUCAGCCUUAAGGCUAGCAAUGCAUCAUGGAAGUUGCAGUUUUACAAGAAAUGGGCUAUUAGUGGCCAACCUUGGUUUGCAGUAAUGCUGUGCAUAGGAAUACUUUUGUCUUUGCAUUCAUUUUGCAUUCGUAGUACUAGAUAUUUCUAGGUUUAGAUGAUCUGUAAUGUAUGUCUUGCAUCAUGAUGAUUUAUGUGACUUGACUGAGCAUGUUCUUUCCAACAGGAAAACGAAGGACGGAAGGGGCCUCAGGGAGAUAGGGUAAGGAAUCCUAAAGCUCGUUCUGCUCUUGUAACAUGAGAUCAAUAUUCUACACUUUACACUUUUAUUGUUCUUGUGAUUUGUUUUACAUAUAUUUUUCCCUUUUUUUUAAUGUUUUUUUUUAUUUAUUCCACAUUUCUAAAAAUACUACCAUGCCAGUCAGAAAGAUUCUGAUCUCGAAAUAAAGAUUACUGUCCUUUUUAACCUGAAUCAGAUAUUAUAUGAAGAAGUAGAUAAAAAACAACAUUGCUGAUAAAUCAAUAAUUUUUCUAAUACUGCAAUGAGUACUAAAAUAAAAUUACCACAGUCUCGGCCCUUCAAUAACCACCAUAUAUCAGUUGAUAAGCAGAGGGGCCAGUAUAGGGUUAUGGGAAGAUUGAGUCCCUCAGCAUCCGAGGGCCAUAGACAAAAGUAUAAAAACACAUACAUGGAAACAUGGAAACACUAACUCUAACACGGUUAUUCGCUAAAUUAAGAAUUCCAAGCGAAUUCAAAGUGAAAUUAAAAUUUAAGGCCGAUCUAGCUGUAAAGGAAACAUAGCUUAUUUAGAGAAGGUUUCCAGUUUGGCUAUUUUUGCAUUGAGUUUGAAAUUCACUUUUAAUUUUCACUUGAGUAAGGAGUUAGUAUUAUGUGAUCCAUUGCACUAAAGGCGUGUUCAGGCCUGCAACACAAGUAUAAUAGGCAACUUGCUUAUGGCAAUCUACAUUCCUGUCACCUUUCUAAGUCAACAUUAUUGAGUAGAUGUCUUUUGUGUUUGUAGGGCCUUCCAGGCAACCCAGGCAGAGACGGCGACGAUGGACUUCCAGGCUUACCGGGCCCCCCUGGGCUUCCUGGAGCUCCUGGCCUUGGCGGAGUAAGGAUUUAAAUCUUAAUAUCAGCUUCUGAUUCCCUAGACCAGUAGGCAACUCUUUAGCUCCACUGAUGUCGUGGGCUACAUUUCCCAUUAUGUUUUUAUAGCCAUAAUGAUGGCAAAGUAUCAGGGGACAUGAAGGUGGCCUACUUUUGCCCUAGACUUAAAAUCUCAGAGAUGUCACACUAAGUCAUCACACAUGAGUCACACGAGUCAAACAUAAACAAAUGUUGUUUUAUUGAUCUCAUUAAGAGAAUUUUUUACUUAGUACUUGAUAAUAUCAUUCUAUAUCACAUUCUAAAUGUUCUGGAUGAAAAAUUCCCACGAUGAUCAGAUUUGAGUAGAAAAUCUAGAAUUGAGGUUGUGCUCAUUAGCCAAGGAUGAAAAUAUAUAUGCUUAGUCCAUUCUGUUAUGAGCAUUUGGAUAUCUAUUAGAAAUACAGAUCAUAUAAAGCACACUAUCCUGAACCAACCAUGGCCUUGCAGGUAUAAUUACUAUAUAGCAAAUGCAUGAAUCAGGCACAUUUGGUCAUCAAUUGCUUAGAUCUCACAAAUUUCUAUGGUGGGUCAACCAUAAAACACUCUUGUCCACACUAGGACUUUGGGGUGAUAUAUUGUAUAAGCAUUAGAGAGAAUUAUACUAGCUAUUAGUUUGAGGCCAGUCCGAACCUUAAAAAUUUGAACAAAUCAAUAUCUCCACGACCUAAAAAUAAAAUUGAUACUAUAAUUUUUUUCUUAUCUUCCUCAGAAUUUUGCUGCUCAGUAUGACGCAUCGAAAGCAGGCGGUGAACCAGGACCACAGGUGUGUAAAUAUAUAGACUAUGUGACGUUCUGAUUACAGUCCAUGCCCUAAGGAAAAGUGACAAUAUCUGGUGUAUACAUUGUUCUAAAACAUUUUCUAAAAAAACUCAUAGAUACAAGCUAUAUAGAUCAUUUUGUGUUUAUAAGAAUUCCAAUUUAAAUGGUCACAUUUUUUUUCUAAGACAUAGAUUAACAAGGGCAAUACAAAUACUAGGCCACAAUAGCCAAACUGAACAGAUAAAAAAGGAGAGAGGUUCCAGUUUUGUUGUUUUAUCUUGCGAUUUGCAAUGACCUUCUCAAUUUUAUGUUUAGUCAAUUAGGAAACAGAAGUCCAUGAGCAUGUUUGAGGCUAUAACUCCCGUCGUGCACAUGCCCACAUGCUGACUGGAUGUUAUAGUCCAUCAAGCUUUUGAAGGAUGAAUUUAUAGUGUGUACUCUACAAAUCUAUGACUUAGUUCCUUCAGUCAACUGUUAACAUAGAAACACCCCAGUAGCAACUAGCAAAUACGCAUAUAGACAAUGUCAGAUUUAGCAUUUUGAAUCUAUAUAUCAGAGUACCUGACACACUCACCAGUGGAGGAGAUUCUACCCAAACAUUUCUUGAAGACCAACCUGGGAAAUAAGUAGAGCUUGUUUAUUGUAACUUCUCACUGUAUUUGCCAUAGGGGUAAAAUGUGAGGUUCCCUGUUCCACCAGAACUCCACUUCUAGUUAAAGUGGCAUUGACAUCCACUAUAAUAUUUGCUAUAUAGUGUUCUUCUCACGGGUGUCUCCUUUUCUUUGGAACGGCAUGACUACCCCUAUCAGACUUUCCCCUAGUCUUCAAUUGUUUAAGAAAUUACUCAAUACCCAUCUGUUCAGAAAUGCUUAUGGCCUUCCAGUGUAACAUUUGUUUUCAUGGCGGCGCGCACAUGGGCUUAGUUAUGAGCAGAUCAUGGCUGUGACUUUGUGUAGCAUCCCAAAAGUGCCAUGUACUUUGGGCAGAGUCAUGGUGUGCUGUCAUUGUAAUUAAUUAUGUGGUAGGUGCGUUACUUACCACGGCAGCAAAAAAACAGUCUGCCAUGAUGCUAAACAACACAAAUUACUUGUUCUACACAUGUGAUGGAAAACAAUCUAAGUCUGCAGCCUGCAGGAUAUUUAUUAAAGUGCAAUAAACUGCAAAAUUAGCUUUUUAUUAUAUGAAUGCCUAUUAAUAUCUAGUAUACUAGAGUGCAUGCGUGGCCAAAAGCAAUACUCUCAGCCGUAGGCUGUAGUUGUUUGUUCAGCAUAAUAUAAUGAUAUUGUCCAGGAUAUUUCAAGUAAUGCUUAUGAGCUGUAUCUAUAUACCUCACUUUUGUGGACUAAAUCAUUUAUUUUGCAGGGUAUAAUGGGACCUCAAGGACCCCAAGGACAAUCCGGACUUCCAGUAAGUUUAAUACAAGUUUCCAAAAUGUUUCUAAGCUUUAAUGUGCCUUAACGUGAAUUCACCUGUAUGAGUGGUAGUGCUUUCUAAACACCAUUUAGUGAGUGCGGGUCGCUGUUUGCUGAUGUUGGAUCUGCCAAGAUGUAAUGUUUCAAUCAGUUGCAUUUCUAUUUCAGGGCGCACAAGGAUUUCAAGGACUUCCCGGUGAACCUGGUGAACCAGGUCAAACUGUAAGUCUUCCAAAAAUAAAUACUUUUUUGACAUUUUCUAUUAUUUACCUAAUUAAACAUUUAUUGUUAAAUUUGACUUUUAUCAUUUGGUUAUUUUAGGGCCCUGUUGGUUCAAGAGGUCCAGGUGGUCCCCCUGGAAAACCCGGUGAAGAUGUAAGUAUAAUGUAGACUACUUACUCAUUUGUUUCCUGUAGAAAGACAAUGUAUUCAAUUAUGCAAUACAGCCUCUAACAUGAAUAAUAUAAAAUGGACUGUAUUAGAUGUUAUGCUAGAGGCCAGUGAAUGUUUUUGUAGUUCAAGAUCCACAUUUAAUGAGGAGGCAAACUAUGUGAGUAAGGAAUUGGAGAAGUGAUCAUACAUAUAAAAGGCCUAGAGAAAAAGGACUAUUCAUAAAAUAGAAUCACGAAACAGGUCCAUUGGUAGAAAUGCCCCAAGGAGGAUGUCCAUUCAAAGCGAUCAACAAGGGAACGAGUUCCAUCCAUACAAAAGCUUCAGGGUAUAUUUUGACCACAGAGAUGACCCUUGAAAAAGGCCCUUCCAUACAAUGGAACAAGAGGCAAUGUCUUGUCAAAGAAAUUUAAAAAUCAAGAAUCUAUCCACACUAUAAACAUAAAGUGGUAAUGGUAAUGUGUUAAAAGACAUGGAUCCUGUGUGCUAAGGGUUCUAGAGCUCUAUAAUAGACUGGUGAGCAAUAUAUGUAAAAUUCUUACAGUUUUUUAAGUUAGUAUUUAAAUAUCCUAAGUUUGCAAGUUGGCUAUGAGACCAUUUUAGAACUGGCACAUCUCAGGUUGCUUCAGGCAAUAUAGUACUUUAGUGAAUAAGACCACAAGAUUGUAUUUCUCAUUAUCUUGCGGAGAGUUGAUGGAGGAAACUGAGAGUAAGAUAUGGUUGCUCUGGUUAGCAAGCUGAUUUACUUUUUAUAUCUUCAUAAUUAACAAACAUGUUCCUUCUUUUGUUUAGGGUAUACCAGGCAAAUCAGGACGACCAGGUGAUAGAGGCACAGUUGGACCCCAGGUAAAGAGAACGUGUACUGCUAAUACAAUAUCUAGCAAGAGGUUAUAACGACCAUCUGUUUAAUAGACUGAAUAAUUAACCUCCUUUUUUUAUUUCAGGGUGCCCGUGGUUUCCCCGGAACUCCCGGACUCCCCGGAUUUAAAGGAAUUAGAGUAAGUUACUACUUCAUUAAAUAUAUGGUCAAAUUUAGGUUUCCAUUUCGUUACAAAAGCUAAUUUGUAUAUUAAAAUGUAUUUACACAGAGAUAAAGUACAUGCGUCUACAAUGUUAAGGCUAAUAUGUUCUAGUACUAUGUUGUAGUCCACUGUCUGUCCACUAUCUAGAAGAGAGCACACAAUACGUAUUUACACAGAGAUAAAGUACAUGCGUCUACAAUGUUAAGGCUAAUAUGUUCUAGUACUAUGUUGUAGUCCACUGUCUGUCCACUAUCUAGAAGAGAGCACACAAUACGUGGCUCCUCCAAUUUUUUAAAAUAUAAUUUUGUAGCAUUGUAUUAUUAGAAAAUGUGGACGGUUAAAAUAAAUACAUUAAACAAACUUGAACUACUCAAAGGACUUAGGAGCUAAUGGCAGAUGUUAAAGGUAUGUAAAAGAAAAAUGCUUAUUUUUCACUAAAUUGGAAAUAUUCAAAAAGGGAAUUGCAAAAUUUUGGAUGAAAAUGUUACCUAUGAAACAUACUUUAACUCAGCAGUAUUUAUCAGCUGGGCUAUCGUAUCUUAAAAUCUCAAAAUGUUCCCUGUUUCCAGUUUAUUGAAUACAUUCCAAUGUGUUGGACAUUUAGCAGCAAUGGUACCUGUUAGCUGUAUGACAGAUAUCAGUAUUAUGUCAACCAGUUUGCCUUUUUGGAUAAGGAAAUAACAAUGGCUUCAUCAUUCAGAUCUAAUUAACAAUUGUAGUUUACAAUGUAUUGGUCUUGAAACAGAUUUAGACGGUCUAGAAAUAAUGAUUGCAAUGGAAAGAAACACCAAUCUCAAUAAUCAUGUAAAAACCUUCAUAUGGGACUACAGGAAAGCAACAUUGGGAAUUUACCUGAAUAAAAUGAUUAUUUUAUGGUAUUAUAAUGCUAACAUCUAGUUUUUCUUUUCAUAGGGUCACAAUGGUCUUGAUGGACAGAAGGGAGCCCCAGGUGCUGCUGGUGUCAAGGUAACAUGAAAUGUUAUGACUUGUACUAGAAUGUACUCUAUACUAUGAUGGCACCUGUUUGGCACAAGUUGACAGAUUAAUACUGGAAUUCUUGUCAAUGGAAGGCACGUGAUAUGGAGUGCUGUUCCUUGUCCUGUUGCAUGUAAUAUACUAUCUGGUUACCCCAAAACUAGUAGGAUCAAGCCUUAUUGUAGGAUUUAGCUUUAUUGCAAUUACUAAAUUCAGUACUAUCUAGUCAAUAAAAGAAAGUCUCAUAAAUCUACUAAAUUUCAUAACUUAGACACAGAGCAUUUAAAUGUUUAUUUUAUUAGCAUUAUAAAAAAAUUAAAAAAAAUCAAAGCAGCGUCACACUUUAAUGGUUUUUCUUUCCCAUGCAUGUACCUAGAAAUAAUUCAGCAUUCAUUGUUGUAUGCAAGUACUCCUGCCACUGCAAUGUGCUCAUCAGGGCACAAUAUUGUAUCAUUGGCAUUGACAAAACUGCUGUGUUGCUAUAGAAACAAAUACAUUUGCAGGAAUUUAAUAUACAAGAAAUUGUAAAUGGUCACAUAACCAUUCUUAUUCAAUUAUCACAAGAAUAGCAUCAAUCCUCCAAUGUAAUAUACAUACAGGCAAAUAAAUAGGUUAUUCUUAAAUGUUACCCAAGUUUUAAACCAUGGUGCUUCAUUUAUGGAUGUCAAGCUCUGAGCUAUCAUCAGUAUAAUUUCAUCAGAUUUGUUUUUGGAGACCGGAGACCCUAAAUUGUCCAUCUUUGAAAUUUCUCUGUAAUGUCUGGAUAAGAUCUCGAAUACUGGACAUAAUAUUAUCCUAGAAAUGAUGAUCAUGGCAUAAAUGUCUCCACUACUUUACAAAAAUGUUAAAUAUUCUUGAACAAUAAUCAUGUCGAUAAAGGAGAAAAAAAUUCUUAACGGUGGUGUUGUGAAAAUGACCACCAUUUAUGUAAAAUACACAUACAGGGGUCGGUGCAUUAAAAAUGCAACAUAUAAAGUUUCAAAACUAUUUAAAAUCACCUAUAUUAAUUAAAAAUAUAGGGAACUGGUCAUACCAUACGCCAUACUUACAUAUUUUGCUCGCCCCUGUAUCCCAAAACCUGAAUAUUGCUGCGAAAAAUUUAAUUUUAACAUCAGACAUUCCCAUUCAAGAUGCCUUACUUACUAUUAAAUUACUAAAUUGCUUAAACUUUUGAAAGAGGCAUGUCCUCCAAAUUCGUAGGACUCUUAUGUAAUGUUUCUUGCUUGAUUGCAUACAUUCUACAGAAUGCCAUAGAAACUGGAGGGAUGUCAAUUAAUUGUGAUGAGUGACAAAAGUUUUCAAUCCAUUUACUUUUCCUUUAUAGGGAGAAAAUGGUGCCAAUGGUGAAAAUGGAUCCCCCGGCCAAUCUGUAAGUAUUCGGUUUUAUAUUAUUAUAAUUAUCAUUAUUGUUUAUAAUUCAUAGCAUUGUACCUAUGACAAACCUAAAUGGUGGUCAAACCACCAUUAAUGCUAAGACAUGCCUACAUCCACAGGCACAGAGGUAGUACCAACCAAUCAUAUGCUAAUUAACAGUGAAAGAAAUAUUACCUCGCAAUGAUUGUAAUAUUCUGCAAGGUAUUAUUACAGUUCCCAUUAUCUUCUGUGGUUGACUUAGAGAUCAUCAAUACCAAGAGUGGCAAGGUUACCUGCCCUGACUCCAUACUUAAUCCAUUAAAUCCAAAUAGACAUAACCACUUCUAGCCAUUUAAGGUAGAGCACAUAGCACAUAUUUUCAAGAUAUAUCAGUUAUAAUUAUUACAUCAAUAGUCCUCAUAACACCACUGACAAUAUCAUUGAGACAACUUAAAAAAUUUGAUUUUUUUAAUAAAAAUUUAAACAUUUCUCUCUUUUUUUGUACUUUUAGGGAGCUCGUGGUCUUUCAGGUGAAAGAGGACGUAUCGGACCCGCCGGCCCAGCUGUAAGUGUAUUACCACAUCCGUCAUUUAAAUUAAAUAAUUCAUUUAAGGUUUACAUGGCCAACCUAACUCAAGGAAUGGAUAACCCUGAUACUGAUUAUCAUUAAUUUAAUUUUUGAUUCAUUUUUAAUUACAUUUUUAUAAAUGAUGUCAUAGAAACCUUGCACUCUGUCUCUCAUUUCUUUCACUGAUAUUGUAAAUUUUUAAAUAAGCUAAUAUUUUGUGUAUUUAUCUUUCCUGUAGGGUGCUCGUGGAAGCGAUGGCAGCAAUGGCCCAACUGGUCCAGCUGUAAGUAUAAACUUGUUAUGUUUUUUUCUUAAAGCUAUGUCGAGGCUGAAACAGGAAAUAUAAGAUUUGUUUUUGCACCUGUCUUCCACUAUCAAGAUCUCAUUUUUUAAGUGUUAUCUCUUGCAAAUGUAUUGCUAUCAACACACUCAUUACUUACUAUCUAUAAAAAAUUAUAAUUUUGUUUUUGUUGUUUUUGCAAAUUAUUCACUUGUUUCUAUUGCAGAGCUCAUGUGUUCAAAAAUUAUUGUAGUUUAGAAUUUUAAACCUUUAUAUGCCAUAGUUCUGUUUAGAAAUGCUGUACUAUGGCUAAAAAAGGUUACAUUUAGCAGAAUGGUGCUGAAAUUAAGUUUUUAGAGAAAAUUUAAAAAAAAUUAAAACUGAUAUUGUUAACCUGUUUAGUUUCAUACUUACUUAUUUAAAAUGUUCCUAAAAUGUUACAAUGUGCUUAUCUAUUUCUGAAUUUAUUAGUAACGACCCUUUUUCUAAACAUACUCUCAUGCAGCUAUAAUUUAAUUUGUGAAUCAAAAAAGUAUAUAUUUGCCAAUUUCUAACAGUUUCUGUAUUGAUUGUAGGGUCCUAUUGGUUCUGCUGGGGCUCCUGGUCUCCCUGGUGCUCCUGGAGCUAAGGUAUGUUGGUCAUAUUCACUACCUGCACACAGCAUUAUGUUCUUGCUAAGAGUAUAAUUUUUUACAUUUAUUUAAUUUUUCCAUUUAUUUAUUAUUUUCUACAAAUUUAUAUGAAUUUACACAUAUAACAAAAUGUGAACAAAAAAAGAAAAAGAAAAUAGUAUAGCUUCACAUUCAAUUUCUUUUGGAUUUUAAAAGUGUUAACACUUCUGAAUUUAUCAAAUGGGUCAUUCCUUCCCCUUAUCUACAUUAGACUCCCAUAAAUUAUAUACUUGUGUUACUAAAAAUUUCCUUUCUGAGCAAAAGUGCUAUGUUUCUAACAACUAUUUCAAUUUAUCUGUCUAAUUAAAUUUAUCUUGCGCGGUCUAUCAGUUUUAACCAGUUGUUGAAGCUUUCUGCAAUACAAUAAAGACCCCUUUGAAACUGAGAAUAAUCUAACUUAAAUUGUAAAGCUAUGUUAUCAGAAAGUUGGAUCCUGGCCUUACAACAAAUAUCAUUUAAUGGCUUAGAUGAGCAUGGCAACCUAUAAAAUAUGGAUUUCAAUGGGAACUAAUGAGGCUCAAUGUCACUAUUCAAUGAGUGUAACUUACACAGAGAGACCAGCCUCCAUAUUGUAGAGCUAUGCCACAGUUUAUUUCACAAAUGAUUAACUUCCUAAACUAAAUACUUCAAUGAGGAACAUACCCACAGUCUAUUUGUAAAUUAUCUCACUUUUGUAUAUUAUACUACCUUUGUAGUUAAGACAUGUAGAUAUGGAACCCUGAACCAACUAGUUGUAGGCUUAUCAUUUCUCUAUUGUGCAAAAUUCUGAUGAGUAAAGUUUGCAUGAUUUAAUAUUUCAGGGUGAAAUCGGACCUUCUGGUAACACUGGACCUAGCGGAGCUGCAGGUGGAAGAGGUGAACCCGGACCCCCUGGUGCUGUCGGCCCUGUUGGACCCGCUGUAAGUUAAUAUUAUAGAAAUAAAUAAAUAAAAUAUUACCCAACAACAAAAGUUAAUAAAAAAAAUACUUAAUUUUGACAAUUUCUUCUCUUUUUUUUUUCUAGGGAAACCCUGGUGCUAAUGGUGUUAACGGUGCUAAAGGCGCUGCUGUGAGUAUCUAAAUCUAUGUAACUAUUUUAUCCUAUGCGGCACUUGUUGCAUUAUUGAUAAUAUUGGAGUAAUAAUGUUAUAUGUAUUAUCAUUGCAGGGUCUUCCUGGAACAUCUGGUGCUCCUGGUCUUCCCGGUGCACGUGGUAUCCCUGGCCCAUCAGGACCUGUUGGACCUACCGGUGCAAGAGGUCUUUCUGUAAGUAAACGCUGUAUCAGAAUGUUCUGGUGUUUAUUAUUAACUCUAUUAACUACCAUUAAGCAUUAUAUGAACAGUACAACUUGGCUUCUCAUAUUUUGGUCAUCAUAUAUUCCUAUCAUAUAUACUGACAAUAACCUAUUUGGUUUAGGGCGAUCCUGGUGUAGCUGGUGGAAAAGGAGACACUGGAUCAAAGGGUGAACCUGUAAGUACCUUUAUUUAAAUAUAAUUUUCGUGUUCUGUUUUUUUUGUGCUUCAACAUCGUUGUUUGACAUUUGUUCUUUGCACUUAGGGAACUUCUGGUGCCCAAGGUCCUGCUGGUCCCUCUGGAGAGGAAGGAAAGAGAGGUCCAAAUGGUGAAGCUGGAUCAUCUGGUCCUGCUGGCAAUGCUGGAAUUAGAGUACGUUUGAUACUAUUUUGCUAGCUAGGCAAAACACACACUAGGUAAAAGCAUAGAGAUUAUUGUAUAGAAGAUACAAUGAUUCCUCUGGCCAAAAAGUUAGGUUUUCACAUAGGUUAACCUUUAAAACGAUUACAUAGAUUACAAGAUUUUGCCUGGAUAACUGUGAGACUGAUAAAGAGAUGAUUUGGUUUUUGAUUUAAUUUUUCUUAACUUUAGCUAAUUGUCUCCUGGAUACAGCAUAAGGAGAGAGUGCUUAAAUGAGACAAUUUUUUAACAUUUACUUCUGUCAGUAAUGAAAAAGAGACGGGACCAACUCUGGGCAUGAUUCAGUUGUCUUAAGAUUCACUUGUCUGAUUAUCAUAAAAUAUCCUUAUUGUAUUUAGUUAUCACUCAAUUUACAUUUUGUGAUGUUAUCUUAUCAUUUAUUGGUUAAAACCAACAGAUCAUAUAGAUUAAUUAGAAUGUAUGAGCUUAUAUUUACUACAUUUGUGUGAUCUGUUCUGCAUUCUUUUCCUGAUUCUGUUGUUAAUUAAGGUGCCUUUCUUCUAAUUUAGGGUGCACCUGGAACACGUGGUCUGCCUGGACCUGAUGGCAGAGCUGGUGGAAGUGUAAGUCUUUCUUAGUGAAUAUCAUGUUCAUGGCAUCUGCUAUAUCUCCCACUGAUCCAAUGUAAUGUCAAAUGUAUUCUGUAUUUCUAGGGUGCUCCAGGUAGUCGUGGUGCUUCUGGUCCUGCUGGUGCAAGAGGUCCCAAUGGUGAUGCUGGUCGCCCCGGAGAACCUGGUCUUCUUGGAGCCAGAGUAAGUUCCUCCUACAGGCAAUCAUCCAUGCAAGUUCUUCAGAACCAUGAUACUUAAGAACAUUGAUGAGCUUAACUCAUCAAUAAUAUUAUAUAUUAUCUCGAGUUCACAAAUAAUAAAAAAGUGGGACAUCCCAAUACUUUAACCAUUAUUGUAGCAAUCUAUUGUUAAAAGAGCCAUGGAAAUAAAUAAAAGUACAUCUGGUCAAUAAGUUUCAAUAUGUGUCAUUAGGACUGACACUGUACCUUAAUUGUCCUAGCAUGCCUUUUUAGGUGGAUUUCAGUUAUAAAUUCAGUUGUGUGAGUUUCGUGCACAUGUUACAUGUAAUGAUAACAUAUUUUUUUUUAUCCCUGUAUUUUGAUAGGGUCUUCCUGGUCAGUCUGGCAACCCUGGACCUGCUGGCAAAGAAGGUCUUUCUGUAAGUAUCAUACAUUGCAAAUGGUAUUAUGUCGACAGUAUCAUUAUUAUAACAAAACACGAAGGACAGAAGUCAUCAUUGAGGAAGUGUAGCCAUUGCUUACACUGAUUUAGAAUAAAUAAUGGCACAUUUACUAAUGCUUUGUUCCUUUUAUGUUUACUUGAAUGAAGCUAUAUAACUGAAAUAUGUGUUAAUUCACCAUAGGCUCCCCUAAGGUUCCAAGCAUAGUGGCACAUAAGACAUAAAUUCCAUUUUUCUUUAUUAGGAAUUUGCAGAACUUAUAUUUUAAGUGUGUAUAUAUAUAUAUAUAUAUAUAUAUAUAUAUUGCUCUGCUUCUGCUUAAUCACAGUCACCAGUGAAAUAAAGUAUUUGGGUGUAGAUGUUAUAGUUGAUUUUUUACCAUGUUUAUGUUGUGCUUUCUUCACAAGGGUGCUCCCGGUGCCGAGGGUCGCAAUGGUCCUGCUGGCCCCACUGGAAACAGAGGUGAACCUGGCAGCAUUGGAUUCCCUGGCCCCAAAGGACCCCCUGUAAGUAUUAUAUUUAUAUUCUGAAGGCAUAAAACUAUAAUGAGAAUAAUUUUUAUUCUCAAUACAUAGUGAUCAAUAAACAUCAUUAAUCUGUUUGUUUUUUUAUAGGGCGAGCCUGGCAAAAACGGAGAAAAGGGUAGCCAAGGCCUAUCUGGAGACAGAGUAAGUUUGAUAUAUUUGCUCAUCCUAUGACAUAGAAUGUUAGAAUGAAUUCAGUACAGUAUAAUACUAUACAGGUGUAUAUUAUACUCAUAUAUUCUGAGUGCAAAACAUGUUUGCAUUAUAAUGCAUAAUAUGCAUUACAUAAUAACAUAGUAAAGUUCCUGUGAAGUCUAGACUACAAACAAUAGCAUGAAUGUAGGGAAACUCAAAGAUUGUAUAAUAUAAAUUAAAAUGCAUAAUUUACACAGGUUAUCUGUAACCAAUUUUGACUGUGGAAGAUAUUAUUACUCUAUGCAUAGAUGUUGAGUUUGUAAUCCAAUAUAUCAGAUCUCAAAAAUUAUCACUUGCCACAAGCCACUGGCAAGUGAAAAGUGGAUGCUAUUGCUUGCAAAGGCAAAUAACUUUUGCAAUAUAUCAUACAACCAAUGAAAAGCAAUAAAUGUACAAAAUAAUGUGAAUAAUAUAUUGAAAUAUACAAUGUAGGUAAUUUGUAGUACAAUACACCAUAGUAAUAGAACAUACUCUAUUUUGUGGCUAAUGCUGUACACAUUCUUUUUAUGCAUCUAAUACAAUAUCUUAUACUAUCAAGGUAAAAAUGUGCACAUACUAUGCGUAUAAGAUAUCCAACAUACCAGGUAGAUAAUGCAAUAAACAUAUACUAUAGAUAUGUAAUUAAAUCUAUUGAGUAGUUAAUGCUGCACAUGCUGUGUACGUAGAACAUAUUGUUUGGAUAUUUUUUGAUGUAUUUAAGGCAUUUCUAAUCCACAUGUUCUAACCUGUCCAUAUUCUUUGAUGUAAUUUUUUUCAGGGCGCUCCUGGACCCGAUGGUAACAAUGGUGCACAAGGUCCCCCAGGUCUUGCUGUAAGUAGAAAAUUGAAUUAGAAUCAUCUUAAUUGCAUAAUUCUUUGUCAAUAAACAUAAAAGUCAAAGGUCAUUUUCUAAUGUAUUUUCUUGGCUGUGAUUUUCAGGGUGGUCAAGGAGAAAGAGGUGAACAGGGUCCCUCCGGUGCUCCUGGAUUCCAGGUAAGCAGUUGGUUCCAUACACCUUACCCUGUUGAUAUAUAUAGGAGUUCAGAUAUGUUCCAGUAUUGGAUGUAAUCUACUAUGUAAAGUUUUUAGUUUUAUCUACAGCGUAGAACAUAUUUUCGACACCACUAAAAUCUCAAUAUAAAAAAAUCUCAAUAUGAAAAACUUUUUUUUUCUGAAUAAGUCUUUCACUUUCUCAAAAGUAUAUAUAGAUAUGAUAUUUAAGACAUGUAGUUUUAGCUUCCUUCUGAUGCUGUAAUUAUUUUGUUAUUAUCAUAGUAAACUGUUUUAUUGAAAGAUUGCAAAGCCCAGUUUUCUUUUUUAUUUUACCGAACAGAUACAUUGUGAUAAUAAAAGUAUUUUUUUUAAACUAGGGUCUUCCUGGACCCGGAGGUCCUCCUGGAGAAGCUGGAAAACUUGGAGAGAGAGUAAGUAAUCCAGGGAUCGAAUGAACAGACGAGAUGAGUCAAGAUGAUUUAAAUGGCUUUAAAAUAACUAUAAAUUAAAUAAGUUUAAUAAAGCCUUUUGUGUGAGGUUCUGUUAGAAAGAAGAAUAAUAUGUAAGCUGCAGGCUUUUUUAAAACUCAGUAUGUUGUUCCCUUCCACCAAGUGUCAGAUCCUUUGGCCAUUUGUGGCAAAAAUCUACCCACGGGUUUAUAUAUCAUCUUGUCACAUUGACAAACGUAAACUAUCUCUACAGAAUAUCCCAACCUGAAAACCUGUUAGAACGAUGGUACACAUUUUCUGAACACCAACUUCCAGAGUAAUUAGCUAAAUAUAUAUCACCAUCAUAUUUACACAUUGUUUAAAAAACCCUAAAAUGUAUAUAUUGUGCAAAAUUAUGGUCUGAUAUGAUCGUAUUUUAGUAAAAACUAUGAUACUGAAUAUUAAAAUAUUCACUUUAUUAUGUUGUAGCUUGGUGCAUGAUAAUAAACUGUACCAAUGAAAUAUAGAUUAAUAUGGGGUUAGAACUAUAUAUAAAAACAACACAGUUUUGGGGACUUAAGGUAAUGUUUAGACGUAACGUUAUCUGCAAUGAGAUACUUUCUACGAUGCAAUACACAGAGUAGAUGAGCAAGUGACAUUCGGUUCUCAUUAUCACAUUACAUCACGUUAUAAGGCCAUCAAUCAGUCACACCAACAUAUAAAGGGAAGUCUAAAGAAAUAUUUAUUUGAAAUGUAUUUAUUCAUCAUUUAUACUAACCAAUUUAUUUUUUCAUAAUUUAGGGUGCUCCUGGUGACUACGGUGCUGCUGGUGCUGCUGGCCCAAGAGUAAGUAUCAAGAAGCAGAAGUAAUAUAAGAUAAUUGCAUUGUUUGGAUUGAUUGAUACAUGACUCUAUGGCUUUUGCACAAAUAUAAUUAGUAAGUGCAAUUAUUUUUUUGUAGAUGUAAAAUCUAGCCUCCAUAAGACCAUUAUGUAUUGUGAAAAGACAACCCUAGUUAAAAAAAAUCGUAUAUAUUUAUAUGCAUGAUCUGUUAUCAGUAAAUGUGAUCCAUUGUUUUCCUUUUUAAAGGAAGGUACCCAUAAUGUGUGUAAAAUAACACUUAAUUGUUAAAUAUAAACAGUAAAAUAUUCUUCUGCACCAAAUUGGUCAAUUAGAAUAAACAUAAUUGUAAUCUGUAUUGUAAUUUGUAAUAUAGUGCAUUUAACAUUUUUCUACUCUUAAGUUUGCUGGUUAAUUUCAUGAUUAGUCUCUAUUAGUCCAAGCUCAUUCUUUCCCAUUGUUUUUAUUAAUUAAAUAGGGUGAACGUGGAGCUCCUGGUGAAAGUGGUGCUGCUGGCCCUCUUGGACCACUUGGACCCCGUGGUCCUACUGGUGCACCUGGUACUGAUGGAAACAAGGUACUUUCUGAAUGCAAUAUUUAACUUUGUCAGACAUUCCAUAUUUAAAAUUUUUGCUUAGAUAACAUAACAAGAACUCCUUCCUUUCAAAUAUUUAGUGAUAGUUAACAGAAGGCCACGCUUUAAACCAUUAUUGUUUUCUCUUGCAUAAAAUGACAUAGCUUUCUAUCUAUAUCUAGGGAGAGCCUGGUGCUGCUGGCUUAAAUGGCGGUGUUGGACCAUCUGGACCUUCUGGAAUGCCCGGCGAGAGAGGUGCAGGCGGUAUUCCUGGAGGCAAAGGCGAAAAGGUAAAAAUUAAUAAUAAUAAUAGUGUUAAAAAUUACAUCUUUGUAUCAGUUUCUUUGAAAUUUAUUAUCUUUAUAUAGAUAUGAAAUCAACGUUGUUGUAUUGAUCAAAUUAAAUAAUUAAUGUCAUUUUUUAUAGGGUGAUGCUGGCAAUACUGGAGAUUAUGGUAAUCCUGGAAGAGACGGUGCCCGUGUAAGUAAACUGUCACUGAUGACAUUGCACGCUUCUCAUUUGUUGGAAUUGUUUACUGUUUGUAGCAAUUUUAAAUGUGUAUACAGCAUCCAGGCGUCUGUGUUUUAAAAAGCCGUAUAAAACUACAGAAGCUCCACCUAUUAAUAUAAUCCUGAAUUAUUGCCUCACCUAACUGAUACUUCCAAUUUGAUGUCAUGAGAAAAAUAUGACAAAGUGAAAAUCAAAAAGUAAAAUCAGCACAGAAUCACUGCCUACGCGUUGGCUCACUGCUGAGGUUCGAGUGUAUUUUUACUGAACGUUAAAUGGGAAUUGGUGGAACUACAUGAUAUACAUAUUUCUGGUAUACAAGAGAAGAUUUUGCAUUACAUUAGUCACAAGAAUACACAUAUAGGUUCACUUAUAUGUAUGAUGAUAUAAGAUAAUUGCAUUGUUUGGAUUGAAAAAAUGUCCCAAAGCACACACUUUAAUUCUAAACCAUUACGAAAACAAUUAGCUUUUAUACCCUCUCUUACAUGUAUAUUUAGUGAACUAGGUUAAUUAGAAUAUUAAAUAUAUGAUCAUUUAUAGAAAUAUAGCAAUAUUUAUGUUUUUAGAUUCCUUAAUUCUUUGGACCCAUAAGCCAUUGCCCUCUAACUUCAUCAAAGGGAAAGGGAAGAGAUUCUGAUGCUGGAUCACUUAUUACUGGAGAUUUAAGAUCCAUUUUUUAUAAAAUGCUUAGGACAUAAUUAUUCCAAAAUGAUUAGAUAUUAUGGUAUCAUGUAAUGUACCUAGGAGCAAGUGAUGUAUACACACUUUUGAGUUGAGUUGAGUUUACAAAUGAUGUUAUUUACUGAUAAUGAAUUAAUCUUUUUUUUUUUUAUAUUUUUGCUGUUUAGGGUCCCGCUGGUGCUGCAGGUGCUCCUGGGCCUGCUGGUGGUGCCGGUGAUAGAGUAAGGAUAUUUUUUUGAUACAAUAUAUUAUAGCGAAUAUUUUCUUUAUAAACAAAAUGAAUACAUACCAACAUACUUUUUUUAAAUGCACCAAUGUUAAAAAAAAUAAUAAUUGUAAAAUGUAUGAUUCUAGUCCUUUUAUAUACAUAUAUAUAUAUAUAUAUAUAUAUUUUUUUUUUAAUAAUCAGUCAUUAAGUUGUAUCUUGCAGCAUUUUGUGCACUUCCUAUACAAUCACCUAUUUUUUUUUUAUUGCUGUGACUCUAUUAAGUCUGUCUCUAUAGCAAUUAAGAAACACUGACCAAUUUGUUAGACUGUGCAAAGCUCAACACUCACUAUGCUGUAGUAAAGGCAGAUCUGAAAGGCAAGGUAGCCUGUUUUACUCCUUGUAUUGGUAAACUUGCAAUGUGCAAGUGUCACCAAAAAUCAUUCUCUAUUCCACUCUAGUAAUUUUGUCUACUUUUGCUGAUAUUUUAGGGUGAAUCUGGUCCUGCUGGUCCACCUGGUCUUUCUGGUCAACGUGGUGCUCCUGUGAGUAAUAUUUUCUGCUACUUUGAACACAGAUACUCUGCACAAAGAGUUUGAACAAAAUGAAAAUGUUAAAAAAUGGUAUCUUCUAUUAACAGGGUGAACGAGGUGAAGCUGGUCCAUCAGGUUCCACUGGCUUCGGUGGCCCCCCUGUAAGUAUGUUCUCCUUGGGAAGAGAAAAGCUUUGGUCAUCUACGAUAAGAGAAAUCUUCUAAUAUUGUUCUUGAUAUCCAUACAGGGUGCUGCUGGACAAGCUGGAACUAAGGGAGACAGAGGACAAAAGGGACCUAAAGGAGAACUUGGCCCACAAGGACCCGUUGGUGCACCUGGUUCUUCUGGUCCACAGGUACGUACAUUUGUGAUAUAUAACACUUUGACAUAGCAUUAAAAUAGUGAUGUUGUAAAUAACAGCUGCAGGGCCUGUAAUGAGGUCACAUAUCAUUUGCAAUAUUCAAAUAAUGUUGUGACAAUUGAAAGGAUACUUAAAUUAUUAGGGCACAUUUAGUUUCUGAAGCAAUGGGCAUAUCUUUGUAACUGUAUUCUAAGGUAGGUACACUGGCCUGCUAUGAGAAGAUAAGGACACAGACCUCCACUAGCACAUUCUAAUAAUAAGAGUCAGAUUUAAGCAUGGAACUUUGCUGUUUGUUAGGUAUGAAGUAUGUUAAAUCACAAAUAUGUAGGGUGACUAAAUAGUAUUGAUUUUAAAGUACCACUCAUAUGAUAUCGUUGGAGUAAUUUUUAUGAGAUUUUUGCAUAACUUUAUGAUUUGAAUUCCCAGAAGUGUACAGUUCCAGUGAAUAUCACUUGACUAACACAAAUGUACUUAAUAUUUUUCUUUGCUUUGUUUAGGGUCCCAAUGGUGCAGCUGGCACUACUGGAGGCCGUGGUGAUGCUGGUCCUUCUGUAAGUAGAAACAUUUCUUAACCUUCAAUUUUUAUAGUGAUGAAAUAGGAGUGUCAACUCUUCAACUUAUUUUCUAUUUCUUGUUCAGGGUGCAACUGGUUUCCCUGGAUCUGCAGGAAGACCCGGAACCCCCGGACCUUCUGUAAGUAUAUAUUAUUUUUCUCUUGAAGUCCGUAGCUCUCUAAUAUAACACUAAUUUAACAAAUUAAUCACUGGUUUGCCGUGUGUGCACUUCAUAGUAUCAGGCAAGUUGAACUGAGCCACAGUUAGUCAGAUUAAAGUAGAAGCUGACCAAACAUGGCUGGUCAAAUAAAAAAAAAAAAUACAGUUUCUUUAAAUGUAUGUACAAAAUUCUUUACAAGAAGUGAACAUUUUAUGACAAUUGUCCUUUAAGGGUGAGUUUAUUUAUAGGUCAAUCAAAUUAUUGUCCCAAUUAUUGUCCCAGUAUAGUCUUCACGGGAAUGCAGUUUGCGGAACCAUUUUUUAAAGCCAUUGUGGAUACCAGUAUUGGGCACCAGUAUAUUUUCUUUCUGCAAGUAGAAAGAGGGAAGAUGGUCAUUGGGUGACAUCCCGGUGUGCCACUAAAUGUGCCUACGAUUAAAAAUGGUAUUGUUCUAAAAGAAAAGUUCAGCUUGUCUGGGGCUGUUAAUUCAGGGAAGCCAGGUUACCAUUUAUGAGCAGAUACAUUAUAGAGAACAGGUGUAUGCGGUUUGAGUAAAACUGACUAAAAUGUUAAAAAAAUACAUGUAAUAAAAAAAAAAAUCACUAUUUUAUGGGAUGGAUCCAGUUUUUGAUUGUUUGUACUUUAUGACAAUUUCUGCAACUAGCCCUGUGCUCGCACAUAUUUUUUUCCUAUAAUCAGACAAUGAUGACGAUUGAUAUGCUUCUUUAUUUGAUUACAUAUAAUUUUGAUACGUAUAAAAUGGUUUCAAUACUAUAAUUUUAUUGCAUACUUUUUUAUAUAUUUAUUGGCACUAUUAAAAAGGGAGGCAUUACAGAAAAACAGGAAUUGUGUUCAUAACAUAUUUAACAAUACUCUGUUUCAACAGGGUAUUAGUGGUCCCCCUGGACCAACAGGAUCUGCUGGCAAAGAUGGUCCAAGAGGUCCUCGUGGUGACAGUGGCCCACUUGGUCGUCCUGGUGAGCAAGGCACUGGUGGCCCACAAGGUUUAUCUGGAGACAAAGGUCCAUCUGGAGAAGCUGGUCCUGCUGUAAGUACUACAAUGAAUGAAAGCAUUAUUAAGUCCAAUCUAUGUCUUCAUUCUUGCAUUAUUUCUCUAUUCUUGCACGCAGAUAUGAGUCCUUUUAACUCAUCUUACCGUUCAUGUCUUGCACAUGUACAGAGAUCUGUACCUCAAUUCACAUGUUACAGUUUGUCAUAUGUGGUCUUUUCUGUGUGUCUUAGGGACCCUCAGGCUCCCCUGGUCCAUCUGGUGUUCUUGGUUCACGUGGUUUGGUUGGGCUACCUGGAACAAGAGGAGAACGCGGUCUUCCUGGUGGUUCUGGAUCAAAUGUAAGUACACAAUUAGAAGAUUAGCACAAUAUUUUUUUUAAUAUUUGAAGUAUCAUAGAGUACUAGAGGUUUUGUAUUUUAUAAUGGCUGUCUGGAUAACAAAGGCUGGACAUUCAUUCUCUAAAGUCAUUAACUUGAGCACUGCUCUGUUUACUUUCUCUACAUAAAAUAUUAUUAAGCAAGAAUAUUUAUUUCCAGAACAGGAUCUAAGAAUAUUUUUUGCUUGCAGUGCUCAAUUUUUUAUAGAUAAAGAAAAGAUGAAGCCUUAAGGGUCAAGCAAAGCUUGAUCCCAAAGUCAACAUAUAAAUGAACUAUGUGGGUAUAAAGGGUCUUAAACCCUAAAUAGUACAAACACGAGAAAGGUUGUCCUAGGGGGAGUGUUAGAGGAAAGGCAGGUCACCCUUCACUCUUUCACCCUCAAUUUUUUAUAAACUGAUUGUUAUAAGUAGUAAGCCAAAAUUUUGAAUCUACAAUAGCCUAGACAGAGUGCACACCACAAAUGUCUAUUGGAAAAAUAUACUGUCUUCAAAAUAUAUGAACAUUUUCAGAGAACUACAUAGUGAUCUAUGUCAUGCAUGCCUGUAUUAUACCUAAUAAUACGCCCAUUGGCCACCACAAGAAGUGGUUGCUAUCAAUUUCCUGAAAAGAAUAACUUUGGAUAUAUAUGUUUCCAUCAUACAUGACACUACGUGUAAAUAAGUACAUCAUACAAUUAAAGUUGAAUUGUAAUUGUUGAUACUAGCUUCAUAAUAUCUUAACACUAAAGUAAAUCUCCUCUGUUCUUUCCUUUAUAGGGUGAGCCAGGUCCAUCUGGUCUCUCUGGUUCUGCCGGUCCACGUGGUCCCUCUGGUCCAGUGGGCUCCCCUGGUCUAAGUGGUGUUUCUGGUGAAGCUGGUCGUGAUGUAAGUGAAACAAAUGUCAGCUGUAUAGUACACUUUAGUUAUUAAGGGUUUUACUGGUGUCAUCUUAUAUAUUUGGCAAUUAUUAUGUAAUGCGUCUAGUCACUAAAUGGUACUAGAUCCCACAUGUCAGCAAUGGCCGUUGGGCUAUCAGCAAAAUUUUAAAUAAAUAAAAAAAACUUAAAUACUCAGUAGUAAUUGUAAAACAGAUCCAACAUUUUACAAGAUGGUAUUCAGACAAACACAAACAAUAAUAGAAAUAUGUAUUGAAACAAAACUACAUUGAAUCUAGUUCAAGAUGUUACAUUUUGUACUUCUCAAAAAAUGUUGCACUGUUCCUCAUUAUUUCUCAAAUUUUAAAAGUGAUUUUUGUAUAAAAAAACUUUAUAACUCUAGUAUUACGUAGUAGAUUUUGAUUGUAUAUCAUAGCAGACACAAUAUAUAUUGAAUGUCAAAUCAACAUAUAUUCACAUCUGACAUGGUUCCAGUUAUUGUCUUUGCCUACUUUAAUUGAAACUUUUGGAAAGUAUUUUAGGGUAAUUCAAUUUAUUUUAAAAUAAUAAUUUUAGAGUUCGGAAUCUAUCAUGUAUGUUUAACCAAGGCAGGUGUGGUUUGUUUGUUUUUUAUACUAUGUAAAUAACUUUAUAACUCUUGUAAUAUAAUUUAUUAUUGAUCUUUAGGGUAACCCUGGUAACGAUGGUCCUCCAGGCCGUGAUGGUCUUCCCGGUGUUAAGGUAAGCAUUUAUCUAUGAAUUUGCUAUUCUAUCAAUAUAGACACCAAUAUCACAAACUAUUAUGUUCUUGGCGCCUUUUCUAAUCAACCCGAUCAAGACAUUAAACUGUCUGCUUGUUUAUCUGCUUAGGGAGAGCGUGGCUACCCUGGAAACACUGGACCUGCUGGUGGUGCUGGUGCUCCUGGUGCUCCUGGUGCAGUUGGCCCAGCUGGCAAAUCUGGAAACCGUGGUGAGCCUGUAAGUGCCAAACUUAUUCUAUUACCUAUACUGUAAUAAAUAGUGUUAUAGUCUAGAUGUUCGAGUUCCAGUGUAUAACGCUGACAUUGUAACUUCAACUCAUGGAAAGCCUUUUUGUCUCCAUAAUGCAUGGCUUAUGGGGUUAGUUCAGCAGUGCUAAUAAAGUGAGGAUGUCUGGCUUAGUCACUUGCUGCUUUGCUGAGAGUUCGCUGCAGAUAAUUCAAAUAUUCGGGGGAUUCAGCAAAUGUAGGAAUCUAAAAUAAAAGUAUUUAUAACUUAUAAGAAUUACAUCACUCUAUUUUAUAAUUAGUUCAUUUCAGAGGCUUUUUCUCAAAAAAAGUAGAAUUGGAUCAGAUUCUAAUAUGGAUUGCAAAGACUACUUUCAGUCUUUAGGUGAAGAUUUACAAACAAUUUAACUCAUACCAGAUAACAUAUUCUCUUUUAUUUUUAGGGUCCAAGUGGUUCAGCUGGAAAUGUUGGCCCUGCUGGUCCCAGAGGUCCUGCUGUAAGUAUCUUUCUCUAUAUGAUGAGUUACCACGUGUAGUAAUAUUUGAACUAAAUAUGAAUGAUCCCACUCGAUCAUCCAGUAAGCUUCCGUAUUGCUUCAUAGGGUCAACAAGGUGCUCGUGGUGACAAGGGUGAAGCUGGUGAGAAGGGUGCAAGAGGUUUGGAUGGUCGCAAAGGACACAACGGUCUACAAGGUCUGCCUGGUGCUUCUGUAAGUAUAGAUCAUAAAAAAAUAACUUUUUUACAUAUUUAAAGUCAAGCUCCAAGUAAAAAUGUAGAUAGCAGACUGCUUAAUAAAACAUUACUUUAAUAACCAUACUUAAUGUGGUAAAUAAUGAAUGCAAAAUCUGGGAUUGACAACCACCUUGAAAAAUUCAAACCAAAGUAGACUAUUUCAAAAAGAGAAAAAUCAAUUCAUGAUAUAUUUCUCUCCUCCUAAUUUGGCCAUUUUAGCUUUUAUAAUGCAGUUAUGAUGCACAUUAUUACUGUGGAGCAGUUGUGGAGAAAUGUUCAUUAAGUAUAGAUUUGUGCAUUCCUCCAUAAUUACCUCAGUUUAGACUUGCUAAAUUUGGACUGAAAUACCUUCACACAGAGGAAGUCAUGAUUUUGUUAAUGAUAAUAGUUGAUCAUCUUGAGUUAAAACUAAUUUCGAUGAAUAGUUGUUUGCCAAUAUUUAGAGGUUGACCAGUUCUAAAGUAAGUCUUCCAUGGUAAGCAAGCUACAAAAGUAUGUGUGUUGUGCAAAGCCAUAGUCAUAGGUAUGAUUAUCCAGAUCGAUGGAAGUAAUUUAACACAUAGAGAACGACAUUUGUAGUUACAGUAUUUCUAACAGAGAGUAACUCUCUCUGUGGCACUGUCCAUGUCAAUAACAUGCACUCUUUUCUCCAUCUACAUGCAACUUUGUAUAUAAUUUAAGACUUAAUUAUUCCUUUAUUUGCCAGUUCCACUGACUUGUAGGUAUGUGAAAGAAUUCAGUGGCCCAUUUAAUAAUCACUUCAUAUACUUCUGGCCUUAUCUUAAAUCUGUGCAGUAAAUAUACAUUUGUUUAUUGCAUUACUAGAUCAAGGCUUGACUGUGAAACUUUAUAUCUUAUUAACAGGGUACCCCAGGUGAACCCGGUCCUGCUGGUAAUGUUGGUCCAUCUGGCCCAAGGGUAUGUAAAUUCAAUUACAUAUUUUUUAAAUAUAUUCUACUUCUACAACUCUUUUAUGUGUGUUUACAUUGUUAUCUUUGUUGUCUUCAUUUAGGGUCCAUCAGGUCCCUCUGGUCCUCCCGGCAAGGAAGGUCGUUCUGGACAUCCUGGUCCAAUGGGACCUGUUGGUGUUCGUGGUGCUGCUGGUUACCAAGGUCCUGCUGUAAGUGAGAAUCACUGACAGUGUAAUCAUGAAUAACUAAAUAUUUUAAUAUACAAUGACUAAUGUUUUAGAGUAAAGCUAGGAAAAGUUGUGACAUUACUAAAUUUGCUUUGUUGGUUAAUGGUAAUGUCAAGGUUUAAGGUUAAAGGAAAUUACAACUAGACAUGGUAUUUGAUUAUAGCCAUACCAGGACAGAAACCUAAUUAAGCCAUUUACAGAGAACCCAUUUAAUCAAAUAUAUAUGUUUGAAGAGGUGGAACCUUCAAUCUGCUUCUGGAUUCUUUGACUAGUAUUAGGCCUUUUUAACUUUCUCUGAUUGAUUUAUUUGUUAGAAAAUCCAUUAUUGUCAUUGUUUCUAAAACAUUUGUUACAUGCCCAGAGGUAGAUUUAGAACAAUAUUAGAAGAAAAAAAAAACAAGCAUAUUAUUAUAAAAUGGCCUUUUAAUCUUUGUCUGGUCAGACACUGACUAAGGGCAAACUCACAUUUGUUUACAUUUUGUAACAAAUGUAUUGCUUUGCAUGUAUAGGGUCCUCCUGGACCUCCUGGUAUACCUGGUCUCCCUGGACCCUCUGGUGGUGGAUAUGAUUCUGGAUUUGACAAUGGUGAAUACUUCAGAGCUGACCAGCCUUACCGCAGACCCAAGGACUAUGAAGUUGAUUCCACUCUGAAAGCUUUGAACAACCAAAUUGAGACAAUCUUGAGCCCUGAAGGUUCAAAAAAGAACCCAGCUCGUACCUGUCGCGAUCUAAGACUCAGUCACCCCGAAUGGACCAGUGGUAUGUUGAUAAAAUACAUCUUGAAAUCACAAUUAUAUAUUUAUGUGAAUUGUUUAUGGAGCUCAAUAUCCAUUUGUAUUAAGUUCUUGAUGUCUAAUAAUAAUAUUUGUUGAAACCAAGAAUUUACAAUGAUAUUCAAAAUAUCAACAAAAUACGCCAGUUUAGGCCUCAAUUUAAUAUUUUCAAAUACACUUUUCAAAUUAUUUAAUAUAUUUGGCUAAACUUUGAACAUAAUUUAACAUAUAAUUUUUUUAACUUAAAAAAAAUUAUUUAUAAAACUGUAUAUAAAAGAAAAUCAACAUAUUAAAGUAUUGAAUCAUGUUUCAAUAUAUUAAUUUCACAAAAGCUUUAUUUAUUUUGUUUAGGAUUCUACUGGAUUGAUCCUAACCAGGGAUGCACUUCAGAUGCCAUCAGAGUUUUCUGUGACUUCUCUACUGGAGAGACAUGUAUCCAUGCCAAUCCCGACAGCAUUCCACAGAAGAACUGGUACAUUGGAAAGACCACCAAACACAUGCUGUUUGGUGAAACUAUUAAUGGCGGCACCCAAGUGAGUAAUGUUUUAAUGAAGCAAGAAUUCUAAUUAAUAGGCCAGAAAUAUAUGAGAAAGUUCCAUGAAUCUUAAAUACACAUAGUUGGCAAAUAGACUUCCAUCUACUUUCUGUAGGUAAGAUUUUUUUAUAUGCCAUCUUAUAUGCCUUCCAAAAUGUUACUGGCUUGGUAGACCACUGAUUAUCAACCACAUUUUAGAAAAACACCAUAUACUCAGAAUUUAAUUGAAUAACUAUCCAGUUCUGUUCAAAUGAGGAUAUUGAGAAAUCUUCAUAGUUGGUGAUCCUUCAAAAUCAAUUUGAGAACCACUCUAGUGGAUUAUAUGUGGUUGUUGGAUAUUCAUUGAUACGUUUUAGUCAGUAGGUGUCUUUGAAAGCAUACUCACACAGCCCUUUUGCAAUUAUAUUGCCUUUGUACUCUCGCAGAGUUAUUCAAUAAACUCAGAAUUUCUGCAAAUUAACUCGGAAUUGCAAAAUUCAGGAUGAAGUAGCUGCUCUGGAAAAAAACUUCAGCUCAGCUCUUGUCUCAGACUAACUAAAAAUGUAACAAUUUGGGUUUAAUUCACUUAAAUUCAGAGUUUAGUGAAUAAACAGUCUCUUUUCUUAUAGGCAUAUAAUAAUACAAAGUAAGAAUUAAAAAUUUUCGUUAAAUUACUGGCAGGGCCGGUGCAAGGAUUUUGCCCUAGGCAAAAGUAAAGUUUGCCACCCCCCCAUGUGACAUCACAAUGCCCCACCCAUAUGAUCUGCCAUGUUAACUAACGCCAGUGCUGCAGUGCCACCGUGUUUACAUUAAAAGGCCUGCAGGGACAGGCUAUAGACAUCAGAACCACUACAUUAAGCUGCAGUGGUUCUGGAGACUAUAGUGUUUCUUUAAUGUGAGGUAAAUUAGAGAUUAGUGCCACGAAUAAUAUACUAGAUUGCCUACUUACAACCAGAUGAGGAUGAUGAUGGGCUCUAGCUGCAGUCUGGAUCCACUGGUCUGGUGUAGAACAGGCUCCCUGGAUGCCGUUUGUAACUGUGGUCACAAAAAUCAAUGUUCUGGGAGAACGGGAAGCAGCUCCAUUUUUUGCGGCCCUUUACACAGCUCAAGGUCUGGGUCCCAGGGUACACCUUCAUGUUCCACUAAUGAGUUUGUUCACAGGGGUUGGAGUGUGUAGGGGAUGUCCUGAUAUGUGUGUAAGGGAUGCAUUGUGUGUAAGGAUUGCAUUGCUUGUGUGUGUGUGUCUGUGUGUGUAAUGCAUUGUUUGUGUAAUGCAUUGUGUGUUUUUCUGUGUGCAAGGGGUGCAUUGUUUUUGUGUGUAAGGGGUGCAUUGUGUGUGUGUGAUGGAUGUCAGUCUCUCCCCCUCCCUUGUCACUCUCUUCUCCCCCCUCCCUUGUCACUCUCUUCUCCCCCCCUUGUCACUCUCUUCUCUCCUCCCCCUCACCACUCUCAUUACCCCUCCCCCAUCAAUUCCCCUCCCUGUCAAUUUAUUUCUCUCCCCCUGUCAAUUUCUUUCUCUCCCCCUGUCAAUUUCUUUCUCCCCUCCCUCCCUGUCAAUUUCUUUUUUCCCCCUCCCCUACCUCUGUUGUAGCGUGGCCGAGCUCUGUAUGGUCCACAGGUACAGGGAGCUUUUGUUUCCUGUACCGGGCCGGACUAAAAGGAAGUGCACACUCAGUGUUAGUCCGGCCGGGUACAGGAGACAGAUGCUCCCUGUACCCGCGGAUCAUACAGGGCUCGGCCAAGCUACAGUGAGGGAGUGACAGGAGGGAGCGCUGAGCCCUUCCCUCCUGUCAGCCCCUCUCCUCAUGCUGCGCCCGGGCAAAGCUGCAGCCACCUGAAGCUCUCUACAGAGCACUCGGACGGCUGCAGCAUGAAGGGGGCCGGCACUCCUGGCAUCGCCCCUUCCUAAGGGGCACCCUAGGCGGCUGCCUAGUCCGCCUAACAGGUAGCGCCGUCCCUGAUUACUGGUUAUUUAAGAAUGACAAACAAGCCAGGUCUUUUGCUUCUUUUUAAUCUUUAUCUGGUUUUGCACAUUAUAUAUGCACAAAUGGAUGAUAGCUAUGCAUACUAAAAAAUAGUAACGUAUGAUAUAUUUAUUUCCUUAGUUUGAAUACAACGACGAAGGAAUAACAUCCAAGGAUAUGGCCACCCAGUUUGCCUUCAUGCGUCUGCUGGCUAACCAUGCAUCUCAAAACAUCACUUACCACUGUAAAAAUAGCAUUGCCUACAUGGACGGAGAAACUGGAAACCUCAAGAAAGCCAUGACAUUGCAGGGAUCCAAUGAUGUUGAAUUACGGGCUGAAGGCAACAGCAGAUUCACAUACAGUGUCCUUGAAGACAGCUGCACUGUAAGUAAACUGACCAUGUAAUAAUAUGUAUAAAAAUAGGGGUGUGAAAGCAUAUUCCAUUCACUUAGAUUCAACACGACAGUAGACCUUUUAUUGACCACAUAAUAAUGAAAGGCUUAAAUGGCCCUGUUGCAGAUCAAACAUCUGAACCUGAGAUUUUGACAGAAUGUAAAGUUGGUAGAUAAGCAAUCUAUGCUCAUUAUUGCAGACCUAGGAAAAAGUAGUGGGAAAGGCUUUAAAAGCCACAAGAAUAACCCUUGUAGGGUUGCCAUCUACCUAUUACAAUCUCCCCUUUGACUUAUAGAACCCAGUUGAAACCAAUAUGGCUUCAUCUCAUUAAGUUCACAAAAUGUAAAAUUAAAGAAGAACCAUGGAAACUUAGUUGAUUUGUAUAAAUCACAAGAUAUUGUUUUUUUCAAUGUGUCUUUAUUAUGUCCAGACCCCUAAAGGACAUUAGCUUGCUAAAAAUGCUUUAUGUCUGAAUAGCGUAUUGUUGUGUUUUCAUUUCACAAAAAGUGCAGCUUUCAAUAGAAAUUGGCACUUUUAUAAAUUAACAUGGUUACACCCAGUGUCUAUCAAUCAGACAACCAGUACUGUUACUUCCUGGUUUGGUUAGCUCAGUGGAACUGUACUCAAUAGGCAAGCAAUGUCUCUGAUCGUCUUCCUUGCAAAGACUUCUCAUUGAACUGCAUUGUGAAGUCUGUGAUUGGACAGCCACAGAAAGUCUGGGUGGGGUUAGAAGGGGAGGGCUUGCAAGAAAAAGAUCUGCAGGUUUUGGCAGUUGUUUUUAGAUAUACAAAUGCAUAAUUAAAGUCAUGUAUGUUUUCAUUGGGGAUAUAUCAGCUAAACAGUUAUUUUUAUUUUAGUUUCUGUAUUUGGGCAGUAGAGUGUCCCUUUCAUAAGAGAACAUUUUGACACAGUUGCAGGAAUGUCCCAGAAGCUCUAGCUUCAAAGUUUUUACAUUUCUUUAUCCUUGCUGUUGCAAAAUUAUGUUUUCUUUAUGACUUAAUUAUUUUUUCAUUUCAGAAACACAAUGGCCAAUGGGGCAAGACAGUCAUCGAAUACAGAACUAAUAAACCAUCUCGCUUACCCAUCCUGGACAUUGCACUUUUGGACAUUGGUGGUGGUGACCAAGAGUUUGGUGUAGACGUUGGCCCAGUCUGUUUCAAAUAAUUAAAUGAACAUCAACAAAAACUAACUUAAAAACUAUCCUCUCUUUGCCCAUUCUUUGUUUUUAACAUUGAAAGCUGACUCCUUCGAUUUUUCCACUCAUCUACUUGCUUAAAUCCUGGGCAAAUGAAACAGAUCUAAUGGAGCAUCAUUCCGUGCAAAUUAAUACACCAGAGAGGACUUGGAAUACUUUCACGAUUUUUAACAUCAUGUUGUGGAAAAAUGUCAGCUUUUGUAAAAAAUAAAAAAAAAUAAAAAAACCCAAAUAAAAAACGUGAAAGCUUGCACCAUUUGUGGCCUUUGAAUAUCUUCCAUGGAGGAAGUUUAAAACCACAGCUUCCACUGGUUUUAACUACCUCAAACACUUAAAGUGUCUUCACAUCUUCAUUAAGCCACCAAGUAAACAUGGUGUUCACAAGUAAAGUAUUUUUACCACGGUGCUAAUUAAGUUAUAACAAAUACAAAAUGGUGCUAAUAAAGAGUUAACAUCCAUUGUUUCCGUAUUAAGUUGUAUUGUGUAUUUGUUUGACACCCAAAUUCAAAUAACAUCAGGUUGUCUACGGAAUCCCAGGAAAAGCGUGUGGAUAAUUUUCCAAUUUUUUUUGUCCUCUUAAAAUUGGUUGUCCGUUAUUUUCACAUCAGUCGACAUCAUCAUCGGGGCAAAAGAGCCAUUAUUUUUCUCGUCAGUUUGUGUCUGUUUUGUAUAUGUGAGAUGUUUAAAUAAAUUUUUGAAAAACUGGAAAAAAAGCAUGUCCAACUAAAUUGAUUAAUGCCUCUCUAGAGCUCUGAGAACCGUGUUGUAACCGAAAAGAGGAAGGAGCUUUUGUUGUCUUAUGUUAAAUAGAGCAGAAAUGUAUAAAAA